AUGAAGGGAGUUCAAUCGACCAUUGGCGUCGUCCUUGCCACGCUCGUCGGCCUGGCCCAAGCGAACUCCGACAUUGUCACUCUUUACACCAAUGGCGGCGCAUCGUACUGCAACGAUGGUGGGAAGAACUGGUGCAACUUUGCAUACACUUUAGUUGGCUCAGACCCCACUGUCGGCAAGGCUGUAACCGCUUCGCCUGGGUCUACAGUCCGGACAAACUACAAGCUGAAUUCCUCAACUCAGCUUUGGGACCAGAACGUCUAUAUCGAUGACAAACUAGUCUCUUCCGUUUCAACUAGCAAGGGAGAGCAUGGAGAUAUCUUCUAUAUCUCCAUCGAGUGCGCUUCCGGUUCAUGCGCCCAGCAUCCGGCCCACAGCUGGGAGGAUGUCUCUGUCGUACUUAGUGAGGCAGAUGAGAGCUUUAAGCAUAGUGGCAGCUGGGCACACGGUGCCACUGGUGGAGCCAUGACGUCCCCCGACGGUGGCAAGACCUGGAACUUCAGCACCAUCAACAUCCCGGCCCAGCAGGCUCAGUAA